AUGAUGAUUCGACGAAAACGUUAUAUCAAUUACACCGGUUCACUUUUUUCGACAUGCCUGGUACAUCCCAGAUCGAACAAUCCGGCGCGGAAACGGCCGGUUCCAUGGUAUUCCGGAGAUUUCAUGGAAUCCUGCUUCAGGAAUCAUCGUCCUGGGUUACACGAGAAGCGACACGAAGAAGCUAAUUCGAAUGAAUCAGUUGAAUUUGGCGAUGAGAAGAAUAACCUCGAUGAAAUUCAAUUGGCAAUCAACAUGGCCGAGUUCAUCAAGGAAAUGCAGGCUAUGUUUGCUGCAAACCCAACCGUCACCGUCAACGUAGAAACGUUCAAGGCACCGGAAGAACAACAUCAUAUACCAAAAUUGUGA